CGAUGAGCCUCUCCUCUCUCUCUAUCUCUCCCCGACCUCCUCCUUCUCCUCCUUCUCCUUCUCGACCCUAUUGGAAUUCCCCCAUCAAAGCACCCCCGAGUGUGAACUAUCUGACACAGAGAGUCUUGUUCACCCCUGCAUCAUGGCUCGUGAGGAGCUUAUCUCCUCUGCUGUUACUUUCCUGCAGGAUCCGGCGGUAGCAUCGUCGCCGGUCGAGAAGAAAGUCGCAUUUCUUCAGUCCAAGAACCUAACGAAAGAGGAGGUUGACAUUGCCUUAUCUCGCGCCGGUGAAGAUCCUUCGGCAGUGGCAGCAGUAACCGCGUCCUCCUCGUCAACUGGUUAUCAAUCUCCUCCGCCUCAAUCUGCCUAUCGACCGCCCCCUCCCCCUCCCCAAGGAUAUGGGUAUCCCCCGUAUGGCCAAUGGCAACCACCUCCGGAGCCUCCCAAAAGGGACUGGCGAGACUGGUUCAUCAUGGCGACGGUGAUGGGUGGUGUGGGAUACGGAAUGUACACUGUUGCGAAGCGCUACAUCACGCCGUUAAUCGCGCCGCCAACCCCGCCACAAUUGGAGCAGGAUAAGGAAAAUAUCGACGAACAGUUCUCUCGUGCAUUCGCUUUGAUUGAGCAAGUCUCUACCGACACUGCAGCCCUGAAGUCGGCGGAGGAAACCCGUACGGAGCGCCUGGAUACUGCAUUGCGGGAGGUGGAGAACCUCGUCGCAGACCUGAAGACCUCCUCGCGCCGGAGGGAUGACGAAACUCGUCGCAUCAGUGAUGAAGUCAAGUCCUUGAAGGAUGCCAUCCCGAAGGCCAUGGAAGGGGCCCGCGAAGGCAACGAGAACCGUCUGAAGGAACUCGGGACCGAGGUGAAGAGCUUGAAGGUCCUUUUGGGCAACCGACUUGGUGGUGCUGGAUCUAGUUCCCCCGUUACCGGAAAGUCUGUCGGCACAUCUUUGCCUAGUGCUUCUCGACCCCCAGAGGAGUCGACUCCCACGACCCCGGCUGCUGCCGCCGCCCCUGCCACUGCAAACGGUGCUUCCGCGAUUCCAGUUGCACAGGAAUCUCAGCACUCGACUGGAGCAGCACCAGCUGCCUCUACGCCAACCACUCCUUCCGCGGGUGGCAACCCUCUGUCCCAGUUUAACCGAUCGGCUUCUAUUCCUGCCUGGCAGAUGGCUGCCGCUAACCGCUCCAAAACCGCAUCCCCCGCAACUCCUGCCACGCCUGCAACCAAUGCAGGAGAUUCUUCUAGCAGCGCGACCGGUGAGCAGCAGAGUGCUCCGGCUAGCUAAAGAGGUCACGAAUCAUCACCAUAACUUCACUUCCAACGCCCAUUGCAUGUAGAAGUUUCCUUUCUGUUGUCUUCUUCUCACUACCCUGUAUUUAUGACGAUUUCAACGGAGUCCGAGACGACGGUCUAAUUAGGAUAAGGAUUACAAGAAAGAACUUUCUG